UUUCAAUUUCACUCCGAGUUCCCUUCAGUUCAAAGCUUAGACACCAAAACGAAAACGUGAGAUUUUUUUUCUUUUUGUUUUUAAAGACGAUGAUGAAGGAUGAAAAAGCAGCCAUGGAUUGAAAAUCAACACAAGUAUUUCAUAUGACGAGGGAUAAUAAGGCAAGGUAUCAUUCUGAGAGCAAAAAGGCUUAUAGAAAAAAGCUAAAAAAGAACAAAAGGGAAAAGGCUAAAUUAGAGAAACUUCAGGAGGAGGAGGCUUAUGAAAUCACUACAUCAGGUCCCACUGUAGAAGAACUUGAGAUUAGUAAGCUCGAGCACGACCCUUCCUCAAACAGUACUUCUACAUCUAUCCCCGAAGAAGAUCUCGAAGAACUGACGAGGGGUAAGGCAAGGUAUCGCACUGAGAGCAAAAAGGCAUUUAAAAAAAAGCUAAAAAAGAACUCGAGGGAAAAAGAUAAAUUACAGAAACUACAAACUGUAAGGUCUGAGGAGGAAAAGGUGGAGGAGGCUUAUGAAAUCACUAUAUCAGGUCCUAUUGUAGAAGAACCUGAGAUCACUAAACUCAAGCAUGUCCCUUCCUCAAACAGUACUUCAGCAUAUAUUUCGGAAGAAGAUCUUGAAGAACUGAUGACUUCCAUCAAGAAAGAUCCGUAUUUGAAACCUAUUUUAGAAGAUAUUGAGAUUGGUGGUCCAAUCGUAAUGAUGAGGUACUUAAAUCAUCCAGAGGUUUUGCACAAGUUGGCACAGGCUAUGGGUUUUGAAGUUUUAGGAGACAAUAUUAGUUCUGUUGAGGAUAAUGCAUCAAAUGCUGAUGCAGGAGAUUAUACCACCAAAUAGAUUGGAAUAUUAUUUCCUGAAACAAUGUUGUAGUAUUAGAGAAAUUCUCAAAUGGAAUCCUGGAAAGACAGUUUUAUCCAGUUCUUUGCAAUGGGUAGAAUCUCAACGAAGACUCUCUCCAAAAAAAGACUCUCAACGAAG